AUGGGAAAGAACAAGCAAAAUGGAGAAGCAGACAACAAGUCUGAGAAGAAGAAUCAGAAAAAUGGAGAUUCAUCAGUCGAUAAGUCUGAGAAGAAGAAUCAGAAAAGUGGAGGAGAUUCAUCAGUCGAUAAGUCUGAUAAGAAGACUCAAUGCAAAGAAAUUGUUCUGAAGGUUUACAUGCACUGUGAAGGAUGUGCAUCACAAGUUUCUCACUGCUUGAGGGGCUACGAUGGGGUUGAGCAAAUUAAGACAGAGAUUGGCAACAAUAAAGUGGUUGUGUCUGGGAAAUUUGAUGAUCCGAUGAAGAUAUUACGAAGAGUGCAAAAUAAAUUUAGUAAAAAUGCUGAGUUGAUUUCCCCAAAACCUAACCCCAAACAAGAUCAGAAGAAGGAGCCACAACAAAAGAAAGAAACUACUCCGCAGAUCAAAACUGUAAUUUUAAAAAUGAACAUGCAUUGUGAAGGAUGUGUUAAUGAAAUUAAAAAAGGCAUCGGGAAGAUAAAAGGUGUUCAAACGGUGGAACCAGACCGGGCAAAGUCAACGGUGGUGGUACGAGGAGACAUGGAUCCUCAAAAACUUGUGGAGAAAAUCAAGAAAAAACUUGGGAAACAUGCAGAGCUUGCAAGUCAAACCACAGAGAAAAGCAAAGAAAACAAUAAUAACAAAAACACUAAUAAGAACCAAGACAGUGAUGGAAACAAAAUCUUUAGCUACCCUCCUCAGUAUUCAUCCCAACAUGCUUACCCCUCUCAGCUUUUUAGCGACGAAAAUGUGCACUCGUGUUCGAUCAUGUGA